AUGCAGGAGGACGAGGAGAUCAACACGAGCCAUAUGUUUCCUCAGCUCUCUCUUGCUGCUAUGACAGAGUCAGCCUCAUCUGCUUCAGUGUUGACUUCUCAGCUUCCAAGAGUCUCUCCAUUGCGGCCUUCGCAUGGAGAUCCGUUCGCUCGGCUGGAAGAGGGCCAGAUCUUUGAGUCCAGUGUCACUUCGGAGCCGAUCCGACUCGGAUCUAUUGACGUCAAGAAGAUGACAACAGCCGCUGUUCUGUUCACAUUUGGCAUCCUUGGGGUCAUAGCUGACCUCCGACCUUGUUUCACAUACAAGUAUGGUCCUGAUGGGAAGAUCGGGGUUCGUCUCCAGAUCUAUGGCCACACUGUGGUCAUUCAGCCUGUCUCGGAGGAUGCCAACGCCGUGCGUAUCAUCGCUUGCCGCCAUGGUCUUGAAAAGCUACGCAAAUUCCAUUCGAGUUGGAUCCUCCCGCCCCAGCCCAUAGAUGGACCAUCUGGACCUGAAUGGAGCUGGGUACAGAUAGUGCAGGAUUACUGCCGGGCCCAAGGAUUUCCAAGCCCCCAGUACGUUGAGUGCCGUUUGGAGACUCAGUACUUUUGCGAUGUUAUUGUGAAAGACCGGGUUUUCCGCUCUGCCCGACAGUGUGUCUCCUUAGGGGAGGCUCAGAAUACAGUGGCCCAUAUCGCGAUGCACCAGCUUCUCAUCGCUGAAGUGGACUUGAGUCCAGGAUCUAUUCUUUCUCCCGAUCCACCGAAGCAUGCGUCCAACAGAGAUCUACUUCCUGGUUUGAAACCGAUCGUGCCUCAGUCCGAUGUCAAACCAUUCACCCUGCCUGUUGAGAAUGAUAAUCUGCCUCGUUCUCUCGAGCAGGACUUUGCUAACUCUCUCGAAGAUGACCUGCAGCACUUGAUGAUGAAUUGUCCAAACGAAAAUCGGCAUCCAAGGGCUCAGACUAAGGCUCCAGGCCCGCUGGCUCCGGUGCAGCUACGAAGGGCCACGAAGAGAGGAGUAAGAAGAAGAGGAGGAAAGAAGAAGAAGCCCCCGCAAAAAGCAAAGCAGGAACCAAAUCCUCCACUUCAGCAGGCCAAGACGAAUCGCCUUGUCACCAAGCAACCUUCAAACCCUCAAAGACCAAAUUCGAAUCUCAUACCGCUACUAAACAAUCGAAUCUCUCAUCUCGCUGAAGAAGAAGAGAAGGUCGAAGAUAAGCUGUCCUUGCUCAAGGAAGUUGAGACCGCGCUGCGAGAACUUCAUGCCACUGCCUCUUACUGGCGAUUACUAGAACGAUUCUGCCAUGUUCUCAAGAUCGGCAUCCCAGCAAUCAACCAAUUUCCAAACCUCGAAGACAGCCCACGAUUUCCCCACGUCAUCCGCGCCUCCUUCGACUCUAAAAAUCCAUACUUGAGUCGUGCAAGCCCUAUUUGGCUGGCUGACAUUCCACUAAUGUCACACAAUGAAGCCCAUGCUUUGGGUGUUCAGAAGGUCAUCGUAUACUUGCUGCAAUUUCUCAGGGAAGAUGCCGACAUCUCUCCCUGCAGCGAUGAAUACCGUGAUGAACUUCCUUUUUUGCGUAGCUUGGAGAUGGAGAUUGAGGAUCGGUUUCAGAGAUAA